GGAAGCCAGGAGAGGGGCGCUUUGUCCCGCCGCUCUCCUCAGAGCUUUUUAGACUCGAGUGCCGGGUCCUGGGCUCCUCUCUCGGUCCCUGAGGCUCCGCUAGCUCCCAGGCUGGGCGUGCCUCGCCUAGCGUGUAAAAGAGGACUCUCUGUGGGGUGACGGUGACGCUUCAAGGGCUUUCCUGCAAGAACAGCGACCCUCACGAAUUCCUGUGAAUGGAAGGGAAAAGAGUGGAAAAUAUGGGAGGUGGACGUGUUUAGUUUCAUUGAAGAAACAUAUUCAUCCCAUUUCUAAGAUUAAUAUUUACAAUUUGGAUUUGUCGACCUUCUUGUAAGAUAUAUUUGGCAAUCAAAAUGAAAGCUUUCUUUGAAGUUUUAGAACAAUUAUACAGGAAGGUACUUCUUGGAGCCGCACUUGAAAAUGACAGCCAUGAUUACAUCUUUUAUCUCAACCCAGCAUUUUCAGAUCAAGAUUGCUCUACAACCACCUCCUCAGACUGCUCAAACAUCCUUGAUGUUCAGGGCAAGCAUCAGCCAUCCUCUGUCAAUUUGGCUACCCCUUCUGUAGCACCUGUGUGUUUGCAGAGACAUUUUCAGAUGAGCAGUACCCGAGAAAUAAUGCUCCUUCAGUUAACAGUGAUCAAAGUGAUGAUAACCAGAAUAUUAUCUGUCGAAACUGAAUUGCAUGCAAAGGAGAAAUAUAGAGAUAUAAUUAAAAUUCUUUUAAAAUCAUCUGACUUCGAUUCUAAAUUAACCUGUAUGUUCCAAAACUCGGAUAAAUUGUUAUCUCACAUGGCUGCAAAGUGCCUUGCACUACUUCUGUAUUUCCAAUUGAAGGAAAAGAUAACAUUGAGUAAUUCCUGGAUUUCUUUUUGCCAAAAAAAUCUUUCUGAAUAUUCUGAAAGUGAUAAAGUAGUAUACUGCCUCUGGAUGCUUACCUUUGUAAUAAAAGAAAUCUUUAAAGAUACAUGUUCACAAAAAGCAGAAAUUCUAAAGCAGUUCCUGGCUCCUUUUGACACUGUUUUUGAAGUCUUUUACAAUUCCUUAUUUUCUCAGCAUUUUGAAAACCACCAAGAUACUUCUAAACUAAUAAACAGCUUGAUAUGUUUUCUGGAAUUGCUUGAACUUCUUAUAGCCUCCAGAAUCCACCUGAAGUUACAUUUCACUUGCCAGAGGAUUUUAUUUUUGAAACCUUCUUGCGUGUUCGAUGUUAUUACCUGGCCUAUUCAGGCUUUUGUCAAAAGGAAAUUCAUCAUAUUCAUCAAAAAGUGCCUUCUCUGCAAAGUGGGUGAAGACCUUUGUCGGGGAUCUGUCCCUACCUUCAUGGCACCAGAUCAUCCUUUAGAUGUGGACCUGUUGGCUUUGGCUGAUGCUGUUCUGCAAGCUGUGGAUUUGGGCUUGUUGAGGACACUGUCUGUCUAUGGAAAACCUUCCUGCUUUGGAGGCGAUGAAGUCCAACCUGGAUGUGAGUGUGUUCCUGGUCCAGAUCAUGUGAUCCUUAGAGCAGCGAGCUUACUUAUCAUUAGAUCCUUAGAAAUCAAGUUUCAAAAUGGUGCUUCAGCAAAUGAAAUGAAAGUUGAUUUACAGAGGUUCAUGUCUGAGUUACUGACCUUCUUAAAGCCUCACCUUCAGCCCUCUCUGCAAUCACACAAUCUUUGUGAGUGGUUGUCUAGGGUCUUCAUAGAACAAGACGAUGACAUGCUGGAGGCUGCCAAAAUAGCAAUGGGCAUCUACCUGAAGUUGACCAGAGAAUGUGAAGCUACUGAAAGCUUGACCCAAGAAAAAGAAAUGUGGAACCAUCACACACAUGAAAAUGGCUAUAAUCCACACUGUAUUUUUUUAUUCUUAUUAAAAAAUAUAGGAUUUGAUUCUACAGUUCUUCUUGAUUUUUUGAUUUCAUCAGAAACCUGUUUUCUUGAGUAUUUUGUUAGAUAUUUAAAAUUAUUGCAAAAAGACUGGGACAAUUUUUUCACCAUUUGCAAGUACUUUGAGAUAACUGAAUCUAAAGAUAACGUAAAUAUUUGUUGUUGUAUCUCCUCACUUGUCCAAGACAGAAGCAGCAACCAAACAGAACCUAGUCCUUUGGCUGUUCUUGGUAAUCACAGAGAUGCUCAUGCUUGGGUCUCCUGGGCUUCUGAAGCUUCUUCUGAACCACUGAACCAUGUUGUGAUGUCUGAGGAAGCCCAGGCCACACUCCAGGCUAAUAGUCUGUCUCCCCCACGAACUUCUCAACGUCUGGUAGAUUAUGAAACCUCUGAUGAUUCUGAAGAAGAAUCCACAGACCAGCGUUUAGCAAACAGUAGACUAACAUCUUUACACCAAGAAGCAAUGAAGAAAAUUCAAGACACAGUUGGAACAAGUAGGGAUAAAAAAGAACUUAGCCUGGAGUCUCAGUCAAGGUCUCUGGUUCCCAAAGAAUCUAAUACUCCCUUCUCUGUUGAUUGUGACAUAGGCCCAAAUAACAUUGCUUCUAAAGUGGGAAUAUCUUACAGAACAGUAAAGUGCUUUGAAGAGCUACAAGGUGCCAUUUAUCGUUUGCAGAAGAAAAAUCUGUUCCCAUAUAAUCCAACAGCACUUUUGAAGUUGUUAAAACAUAUCGAGACAAUGUAUAAUAGAAAUACAGCAAAAUACAUGUAUACGACUUGAUGAAUUUUCACAAACAACAUACCUGUGAAACCAGUAUCCAGAUCAAGAAACAACAUUACUGGCACUCAGGGGUCCCCCUUGGAUCCCCUUCC